AUGUGCUCGGAUUUACGUAGUUGGCCAAUCUUCAAUUCACUAGAGCCGGAGUUCGUCUCCCACAUUCAUAUGGUUUUUGUAUAUGGUAAGGGAAAUGAAGCCUUAAUCGUGACGAAGGACAAAAUGGUAUACGGUCUAGGUAAAAACAUUAAAGGUUGUUUGGGGAUCGGAGACCAAAAUGCCACGCUAGAAAUGAAAAAAGUAGUGGAUCUUUGCGGGAAAAAUAUUAAGACGUUCGCAUGUGGCAUGGGACCUCAUGUUUUGGCGCUCACAAAAGAGGGAGAGGUAUACGCUUGGGGCUCCAAUUAUUAUGGCCAACUAGGGCAUGGUGGAGUAGAUUUCGGACCUACAAACGAGCCUAAUGUAGUGAAAGAGGACAUCAUAGAUAUUGCAUGUGGCAGUUACCAUUCCGUCGUUCUAACCAAGGAUUACAAUAAAAUUUACAUGUGGGGAGAUAAUCAAUACUUACAACUGGGUUAUUUCCAUUCUCAACGCUGUUCUUGUCAAAAUGAAGAAAAUUGUAAUAGAAAAUUCUUUUCUGUGGCUGGAAUUAAAUGUGAAUUUUCACCCGAAUUAACGUUCUUCAAUGAGAUGAAGAUUGUCUAUGUCUCCUGCGGCGAGACUUUUACCAUUGUGAUUAUUGAAAAUGGCAAAGUGUAUAGUUGUGGCAACAAUUGCGUCGGUCAGUUGGGGAGACCGAGUAUUAAAAAAGUAGAUCAGAUCCUACGACAGGUCAAUUUUUUGAAUGAUACAAUAUUCAUAGUUUUAGUCAAGGUAGUUUGCGGAUUUGAGCAUACGCUGGCGCUCACAGACGACAGAAAGAUCUACGCUUGGGGCGGGAACAGUAACGGCCAGUUGGGAAUCGGGAACAAACAAAAAUCCAGUAAACCAAUUUUGGUCAAGUGUAAACUGCAACGGAUAAAAUGGAUCGACAUCGUAGCUUUGCCUGGCUAUGCAAUAAGCGUUGCUGUCAGCGAAGAAGGACGUGUCUAUGUCUGGGGCGAUUGCUGCAGUGAAAGCAUCUUAACUCCAACCGCCACUUCGUUCUCAAAUGUGCACGAUGCAAUUGCGUACUACGGGCCGAGAGUUAUGCACAAACCGUUGGUUUUGUACAUGAGCGAAGGGCCGAGCAUAUUAGAAUCCUUGGAAGCUGCUUUCGAUGAAUCUUCUACGAGCGAUCUCAAGAUACAAGUGGAGGACCAAUUUAUCCACGUGCACAAAGCUAUCUUAAAGAUCCGCUCUGAGUACUUUAAAGCCAUGUUUCAGCACAAUUGGACAGAAAACAAUCAAAAUGUCAUCAAACAUGAUUACUUUUCCUAUGCAGUCUACAAAGCCUUCCUGAAGUACUUAUAUAUCGAUGUAAUCGAUUUACCUAUAGAGGAGAUAUCAGAACUUUUGGAUCUGGCUGAGAGUUACUGCGAGAAAAAACUCAAGCAUUCCUGCAUUCAGAUGAUAAAGCAAGGAAUUACUGCGUCAAAUGUCGAAUAUUUUUAUGGUAUUGCGGAGAAGUAUACUUUAGAGGAGCUACAAGAAUUCUGCAUCAAGUUCGCACUUAUUAAUCGUAUCUCUUUACCUCAAAAACAACGCACACCUCGAAUGAAGAAGAAUGAAAGUCACUAG